AUGAAUGGGAAACGCUCUGUGCAAAGAUGUCCAGGUCAAGCAACACAAGGAUUUCAAGAGAACUCAACUGUUCAAGAUAAUAGUUCCAAUGAGACAACAGGAUCAGGAGGGACCCAGUCAAAUAGCUGGUACCUGCGUAAUUCUACAAGAGGUUGCCCCAGGAUGUCUACUACCUCAUCUAGCCAGAUGACUUCAAUCUGUGAAGAGGGAGAAGAAAAUGGGAGAGAUUUGUCAAACAGAGGGCAAAUAAUAUUUACCAGAGAAGUCAUUGGAAGGGAGGCCAGCUCUAGCACCUUCUCAUCUAAUUCUUCGGCUGCAUCUGAACAGAGUGUGCUGAAAACCAUAUGCGGUAUUCCCAGCCUUAUGGCAUUUACUAUUAUCUGCCUCUUUCAAAACCUUUUACAACCCUGCGUCUUUGUAAGAGAGCGGAUCACUAUGGCAAACUGUAUGAAAGGUUUGAAACGCCUGAUCAUAGCUGUCCUGAUCAUUUGUGGUACCAUUUACUGCUUUUAUCAAUACCUGAAAAUAUCAGAUGGCCUAUCAUCAAAGGAACUUACAGAACGGUAUGAAAGUGAGCUGAAAGCACUCUGGAAAUCACAAAAUUUUCUUGAAGAACAAAUCCGUGAAAUUCAGAGCCUUAAAAAAGAGACAGAUCGUCUGCGUUCUGAGAUCAGCAGUAUCAACGAAGGCAUCCUAUGGUCUGUAAAGCAAAUCCUUGAGGAAAGUGACAUCCCAGGAGAGAACACAGAUCAAGUGCUUGACAUGAUCAAUUUGACUUUUAAGAAGAUUUAUGAAGAUCACGUACAAAUGGCUGACUGGGCUCAAAAAACAGUAGGAGCCACCAUCGAUAAAGACAGGACAUCUAAGAGUUAUGUGUCUGAGUAUCUGGAAAACUGCUGGUCUUUUUUAUCCAUCUCUUCAGCCAACCCCCCUGAUACUAUUCUACAGCCAGAUGUACACCCUGGAAACUGCUGGGCAUUCCAAGGAUCUGAGGGCCAAGCAGUAAUUAGACUGCCUGAAAAAAUCCAACCCACAGCAGUUACAGUUCAGCACAUCACCAAAGCAAUCUCUCCUGUGGGAGAAGUCUCAAGUGCCUUAAAGGACUUCUUGGUUUAUGGGCUAAAUGAUGAAACAAACGAGGAGAUUCUAUUGGGAACAUUCAUGUAUGAUAUUGAGAAAGAAGCUAUUCAGACAUUCCAACUGAAGAAUGAACAAGAAAAGAACUACCAGUAUAUCAAAUUCAAGGUGCAGAGUAACUGGGGAAAUCCAAAGUUCACCUGCAUUUAUCGAGUCAGGGUGCAUGGAAAGAGGGUCAAUGUGAACCUUUUGGCAGGGGGUGAAAUCUUGCAAGAUGAAUAA